GAGGCUCCGCGGGGACUACAACUCCCGACGAGCUCAGCGCGGCCCGCAAGAACUGGGCUGUGUCUGUUCAGGCGGAACUAUAUUUCCCGGCGUGCACCGCGCGCGGACGGCAGAGCCGCCGGGAAGAGUCGCGCCGCCUCCUACCCCCGCCCUGGGGGGGAGUCGCGCUGUCCCAUUCUGCAGAUGGAGACACAGAAGACAGGGGCCGCUGUGAACGUCUCGGGUGUGGACGUAGCGCAGUGGGAUGGGGUCCAGGACGUCCUGGCCCCCGGGGAGGGCUCGGUGGGGCGGGUUUGCGAUGCGCAGCCAGUGCCAUUCGUCCCGCAGGUGCUGGGCGUGAUGAUCGGGGCCGGAGUCGCCGUGCUGGUCACUGCCGUGCUCAUCCUCCUGCUAGUGCGGAGGCUUCGAGUGCCGAAAACCCCCGCCCCGGAGGGCCCGCGGUACCGGUUCCGGAAGAGGGACAAAGUGCUUUUCUAUGGCCGGAAGAUUAUGCGGAAGGUGUCACAGUCCACUUCCUCCCUGGUGGACACCUCCGUCUCCGCCGCUUCCAGGCCACGCAUGAAGAAGAAACUCAAGAUGCUGAACAUUGCCAAGAAGAUCCUCCGCAUCCAGAAAGAGACCCCAACACUGCAGCGGAAGGAGCCCCCGCCUGCCGUGCUGGAGGCUGACCUGACCGAGGGCGACCUGGCCAACUCCCACCUGCCCUCCGAGGUGCUCUACAUGCUGAAGAACGUCCGGGUGCUGGGCCACUUCGAGAAGCCGCUCUUCCUGGAGCUCUGCCGGCACAUGAUCUUCCAGCGGCUCAGCCAGGGUGACUACGUCUUCCGGCCAGGCCAGCCAGAUGCCAGCAUCUAUGUGGUGCAGGACGGGCUGCUGGAGCUCUGCCUGCCAGGGCCUGAUGGGAAGGAGUGUGUGGUGAAGGAGGUAGUCCCCGGGGACAGUGUCAACAGCCUUCUGAGCAUCCUGGAUGUCAUCACUGGUCACCAGCACCCCCAGCGUACAGUGUCUGCCCGCGCAGCCCGAGACUCCACUGUACUGCGGCUGCCGGUGGAGGCCUUCUCUGCAGUUUUCACCAAGUACCCCGAGAGCCUGGUGCGCGUGGUGCAGAUCAUCAUGGUGAGGCUGCAGCGAGUCACCUUCCUGGCCCUCCACAACUACCUGGGUCUGACCAAUGAGCUCUUCAGCCAUGAGAUCCAGCCCCUGCGCCUCUUCCCCAGCCCCGGCCUCCCGGCUCGCACCAGCCCCGUUCGAGGCUCCAAGCGUGUUGGCAGCACCUCGGCAACGGAGGAGCCUCGGGAGGCCCCUGGCCGGCCACCUGACCCCACCGGGGCCCCCCUGCCUGGACCUGCAGGGGACCUGGUGAAGCCCACAUCCCUGGAAGCCCCCUCGGCCCCCCUGCUGAGCCGCUGCAUCUCCAUGCCAGUGGACAUCUCAGGCUUGCAGGGAGGUCCCCGCUCAGACUUCGACAUGGCAUAUGAACGUGGCCGGAUUUCCGUGUCUCUGCAAGAAGAGGCUUCAGGGGGGCCCCAGGUAGUCCCUGUCCGGACUCCCACUCAGGAGCCCCGGGAGCAGCCGGCAGGUGCCUGCGAGUACAGCUACUGUGAGGAUGAGUCAGCCACCGGUGGCUGCCCCUUCGGGCCCUACCAGGGCCGCCAGACCAGUAGCAUCUUUGAGGCGGCAAAGCGGGAGCUGGCCAAGUUGAUGCGGAUUGAGGACCCCUCCCUCCUGAACAGCCGAGUCUUGCUACAUCAUGCCAAAGCCGGCACCAUCAUCGCCCGCCAGGGGGACCAGGAUGUGAGCCUGCACUUUGUGCUCUGGGGCUGCCUGCACGUCUACCAGCGCAUGAUCGACAAGGCUGAGGACGUGUGCCUGUUCGUAGCACAGCCGGGCGAGCUGGUUGGGCAGCUGGCUGUGCUCACCGGGGAGCCCCUCAUCUUCACGCUGCGAGCCCAGCGGGACUGCACUUUCCUGCGGAUCUCCAAGAGCGACUUCUAUGAGAUCAUUCGCGCACAGCCCAGUGUGGUGCUGAGUGCCGCGCACACGGUGGCGGCGAGGAUGUCCCCCUUCGUGCGCCAGAUGGACUUCGCCAUCGACUGGACCGCCGUGGAGGCCGGACGCGCGCUCGGCAAGAAGGAGCUGGUGGGCGAGUACGGCCGCGGGGACCUCGUCGGAGUGGUGAGCGCGGCCACGCCCCUGACCUCUGACCCCUCCCUGUCCGGUGUUCUCCCGCCCCCAACACACACCCCAUCCGGUAAUCUGCCCGGUCCCGCUGGACCGCCGAUCUCAACGCUCCAGGUCGUGACCCGCCUCAUUCACCUGCUGAGCCAGAAAAUUCUGGGGAAUUUGCAGCAGCUGCAAGGACCUUUCCCAGGCUCGGGACUGGGCGUCCCCCCUCACUCGGAACUCACCAACCCAGCCAGCAACCUGGCCACGGUAGCAGUCCUGCCUGUGUGUGCGGAGGUGCCCAUGGUGGCCUUCACACUGGAGCUCCAGCAUGCUUUGCAAGCCAUCGGCCCCACCCUCCUCCUCAACAGUGACAUCAUCCGGGCACGCCUGGGCGCCUCCGCACUGGACAGCAUCCAAGAGUUUCGGCUGUCGGGAUGGCUGGCCCAGCAGGAGGACACCCACCGCAUUGUGCUCUACCAGACAGACUCCUCACUGACGCCCUGGACGGUGCGCUGCCUGCGCCAGGCUGACUGCAUCCUCAUCGUGGGCCUGGGCGACCAGGAGCCCACGCUGGGCCAGCUGGAGCAGAUGCUGGAGAACACGGCCGUGCGCGCCCUCAAGCAGCUGGUCCUGCUGCACCGGGAGGAGGGCCCGGGCCCCACCCGCACCGUGGAGUGGCUCAACAUGCGCAGCUGGUGCUCGGGGCACCUGCACCUGCGCUGUCCCCGCCGCCUGUUCUCGCGUCGCAGUCCCGCCAAACUGCACGAGCUGUAUGAGAAGGUGUUCUCCAGGCGCGUGGACCGGCACAGCGACUUCUCCCGCCUGGCGCGGGUGCUCACCGGCAACACCAUCGCCCUGGUGCUGGGAGGGGGCGGAGCCAGGGGCUGCUCACACAUUGGGGUGCUGAAGGCAUUAGAAGAGGCGGGGGUCCCUGUCGACCUAGUGGGCGGCACUUCUAUCGGCUCCUUCAUUGGGGCCCUAUAUGCCGAAGAGCGAAGCGCCAGCCGAACUAAGCAGCGGGCCCGAGAGUGGGCCAAGAGCAUGACUUCCGUGCUGGAGCCCAUGCUGGACCUCACCUACCCCGCCACGUCCAUGUUCACGGGGUCAGCCUUCAACCGCAGCAUCCACCGCGUCUUCCAGGACAAGCAGAUUGAGGACCUGUGGCUGCCAUACUUCAACGUGACUACGGACAUCACUGCCUCGGCCAUGCGUGUUCACAAAGAUGGCUCCCUAUGGCGAUACGUGCGCGCCAGCAUGACGCUCUCGGGCUACCUGCCCCCGCUGUGCGACCCCAAGGACGGGCACCUCCUCAUGGACGGCGGCUACAUCAACAACCUGCCAGCGGACAUCGCCCGCAGCAUGGGUGCCAAGACAGUCAUUGCCAUUGACGUCGGGAGCCAGGACGAGACAGACCUCAGCACCUACGGGGACAGCCUGUCUGGCUGGUGGCUGCUGUGGAAGCGGCUAAACCCUUGGACGGAUAAGAUCAAGGUUCCAGACAUGGCUGAGAUUCAGUCCCGCCUGGCCUACGUGUCCUGCGUACGCCAGCUGGAGGUUGUCAAGUCCAGCUCCUACUGCGAGUACCUGCGCCCCCCCAUCGACUGCUUCAAGACCAUGGACUUCGGGAAGUUCGACCAGAUCUAUGAUGUGGGCUACCAGUACGGGAAGGCUGUGUUUGGGGGCUGGAGCCGGGGCGACGUCAUUGAGAAGAUGCUCACAGACCGGCGCUCUGCGGACCUGAUUGAGAGCCGCCGUGCAGACGUGCUGGCCUUCCCCAGUUCUGGCUUCACUGACUUGGCGGAGAUCGUGUCCCGGAUCGAGCCCCCCACCAGCUAUGUUUCUGAUGGCUGUGCUGAUGGGGAGGAGUCAGACUGCCUGACGGAGUACGAGGAGGACGCAGGACCCGACUGCUCACGGGACGAAGGGGGCUCCCCCGAGGGGGCCAGCCCCAGCACCGCCUCUGAGAUGGAGGAGGACAAGACGGUGCUCAGGCACCGGCGCUGCCUGCCGCAGGACGCUUCCAGCUCGCCCGCAGACACCUGAGGACCACAGGGCCCCCGGAGCUGGGCUGCGGGGCCCCGAGGGGGCUGCUCCCCCACCGCCUGCUGCUGUGCCUGUGGCCUCCCUGGUCUCCCGGGACCUCCAGGGCCCACACACUGGAUUGCUGUCCCUCCAAGAGGAGGGCGGCACUGCACUGAGGACCUUGAACAGUCAUUCCCAAUAAACCUCUAUUCUCGGA